AUGGCUUUUCCUAUACCAAAUCGGCAGUUAUUCAUCGGCGGAGAAUGGAGAGAACCUGUUCUCAAGAAACGCAUCCCUAUUAUCAACCCUUCUACGGAGGAGAGCAUCGGUGACAUACCAGCAGCUACUGCAGAAGAUGUGGAGAUAGCAGUAGAAGCAGCUCAGAAAGCAUUUACCAGGAACAAAGGCAGAGAUUGGGCCUUCACUUCUGGGGCUGUCCGUGCUAAGUAUUUACGUGCUAUUGCUGCUAAGAUAACGGAGAAAAAAGCUGAACUAGCGAAACUUGAAGCAAUAGAUUGUGGAAAACCAUUAGAUGAAGCAGCGUGGGACAUAGAUGAUGUUGCUGGAUGUUUUGAGUACUAUGCUGGCCUUGCUGAAGGCUUAGAUGCAAA